ACACACACACACACACACACACACACACACACACACCCUCGUGCUCCAAGUCAUUUUCCUCUUGAGGUUUGAAAGAGACACACACCAAUAUGGGACUUGGGUUGGGUCAGGAGCCUGGUGCCAAGACCAAGCAGAGUAAGAAGAAGAAGAAGGAGAAGGAUCUGGAAGAGCUGAAGAAGGAAGUUGACAUAGAUGACCACAAGAUCUCCGCAGCUGAGCUAUGCGAGCGCUAUGGAGUCGACAUUGAACGGGGCCUGACCAACAAGCGUGCCAUGGAGGUGUUGGCGCGUGACGGCCCCAACUCGCUGACCCCGCCCCCCACCACCCCCGAGUGGGUCAAGUUCUGCAAGCAGCUGUUCGGGGGCUUCUCCAUCCUGCUCUGGAUCGGAGCCAUCCUCUGCUUCUUCGCAUACAGCAUCCAGGUGGCCACCGAGGACGAACCGGCCAAUGACAACCUCUACCUGGGCGUGGUCUUGGCCACGGUCGUCAUCGUCACCGGCUGCUUCUCCUACUACCAGGAGGCCAAGAGCUCGCGCAUCAUGGACUCCUUCAAGAACAUGGUGCCCCAGCAAGCCCUGGUGAUCCGCGAGGGUGAGAAAAUGACGAUCAACGCUGAGCACGUGGUGCAAGGAGACCUGGUGGAGAUCAAAGGAGGAGACCGCAUACCUGCCGACCUGAGGAUCGUCUCCGCUUCUGGCUGCAAGGUUGACAACUCGUCCCUGACAGGAGAGUCGGAGCCCCAGACGCGCUCCCCCGACUUCACCAAUGACAGUCUCCUGGAGACCAGGAACAUCGCCUUCUUCUCCACCAACUGCGUAGAGGGCAACGCUCAAGGCAUCGUCAUCCACACCGGUGACCGCACGGUGAUGGGCCGUAUCGCCACUCUGGCUAGCGGCCUCUCGGUCGGACAGACGCCCAUCAACCGCGAGAUCGAACACUUCAUCCACAUCAUCACGGGCGUGGCCGUCUUCCUGGGCGUCUCCUUCUUCAUCCUGGCCUUGAUCCUGGGAUACACGUGGCUGGAGGCCGUCAUCUUCCUCAUCGGCAUCAUCGUUGCUAACGUGCCUGAGGGCCUUCUGGCUACUGUUACGGUGUGCCUGACCCUGACUGCUAAGCGCAUGGCCAAGAAGAACUGCCUGGUGAAGAACUUGGAGGCAGUGGAGACUCUGGGCUCCACCUCCACCAUCUGCUCCGACAAGACGGGAACUCUGACCCAGAACCGCAUGACUGUGGCCCACAUGUGGUUCGAUAACCAGAUCCACGAGGCCGACACCACCGAGGAUCAGUCUGGGUCCGGAUUUGACAAGUCUUCCCCGACCUGGUUUGCUUUGGCCCGUGUGGCUGGACUGUGUAACCGCGCCGUCUUUAAACCAGACCAGGACCGCAUUCCCAUCCUCAAAAGAGAUACGGCGGGUGACGCGUCCGAGUCUGCCUUGCUGAAGUGCAUCGAGCUGUCAUGCGGCUCCGUGAGGGCCAUGCGGGACGCCAACCGCAAAGUGGUGGAGAUCCCAUUCAACUCCACCAACAAAUACCAGCUGUCCAUCCAUGAGAUUGAGGAGAUUCCUAAUGGCCAUCUGCUGGUCAUGAAAGGAGCUCCCGAACGAAUUCUGGACAGGUGCAGUUCUAUUAUGAUCCAGGGGAUGAACGUGCCGAUGGACGAUGACUGGAGAGAUGCCUUCCAGAACGCAUACAUGGAGCUCGGAGGGCUGGGGGAGCGCGUCUUAGGUUUCUGCCAUGUGCCCCUCCCCCCUCCAAGUUUCCCGCGGGGCUUCGAGUUCGAUGCGGACGAGGUGAACUUCCCGACCGAGGGCCUCUGUUUCCUGGGCCUCAUGUCCAUGAUCGACCCCCCCCGAGCUGCCGUACCCGACGCCGUCGGAAAGUGCCGAUCCGCCGGCAUCAAGGUCAUCAUGGUGACAGGCGAUCAUCCAAUCACAGCCAAGGCCAUCGCUAAGGGCGUGGGCAUCAUCUCCGAGGGCAACGAGACGGUCGAGGACAUCGCCGAGAGACUCAACAUCCCUGUCAGCCAAGUGGACCCCAGGUUGGCAAAGGCGUGUGUGGUGCACGGCUCCGAUCUGAAGGACAUGACGGCCGACCACCUGGACGACAUCCUGCGCUAUCACACGGAGAUCGUGUUCGCCAGGACCUCGCCACAGCAGAAACUCAUCAUCGUGGAGGGCUGCCAGCGCCAGGGUGCUAUCGUGGCCGUGACAGGUGAUGGUGUUAACGACUCUCCCGCCCUGAAGAAGGCUGAUAUCGGGGUCGCCAUGGGAAUAGCGGGUUCUGACGUGUCCAAACAAGCAGCCGACAUGAUUCUAUUGGACGACAACUUCGCUUCUAUUGUGACUGGCGUUGAGGAAGGUCGUCUGAUCUUUGACAACUUGAAGAAGUCCAUUGCCUACACGCUGACCUCCAACAUCCCAGAGAUCUCUCCGUUCCUCUUCUUCAUCCUCGCCAGUGUCCCGCUGCCCCUCGGGACCGUCACCAUCCUGUGUAUCGACUUGGGGACAGACAUGGUUCCCGCUAUCUCAUUGGCUUAUGAGACCGCCGAGAGUGACAUCAUGAAGCGCCAGCCCAGGAACCCCAGGACGGACAAGCUGGUGAACGAGCGGUUAAUCAGCAUGGCCUAUGGACAAAUCGGUAUGAUCCAAGCCAUAGCUGGCUUUUUCACGUAUUUCGUGAUCCUGGCCGAGAACGGUUUCCGCCCCUUGGACCUCAUCGGGAUGCGUCUGUCCUGGGACGACCGCAGCAAUAACGAGGUGGAAGACUCGUAUGGACAACAAUGGACCUAUGAGCAGCGUAAGAUUGUGGAGUUCACGUGCCACACUGCCUUCUUCACGAGCAUUGUGGUGGUCCAAUGGGCCGAUCUCAUCAUCUGUAAGACCAGACGCAACUCUCUCUUCCAGCAGGGCAUGAGGAAUAAUAUUCUGAUCUUCGGCCUGUUUGCUGAGACUGCGUUGGCAGCGUUCCUCUCCUACUGCCCAGGCAUGGACGUCGCUCUGAGGAUGUACCCCCUCAAGGUGUCCUGGUGGUUCUGUGCCUUCCCUUACUCCCUUCUGAUCUUCGUCUAUGAUGAGAUCCGCAAGUUCAUCCUACGCAGAAGACCAGGAGGAUGGGUCGAGAUGGAAACCUACUAUUAACAUGAAGAACAAGACACAACUCUCUGUCUCCCUCUACCUCCCUCUCUCUCUCUCUCUCUCUCUCUCUCUCUCUCUCUCUCUCUCUCUCUCUCUCUCUCUCUCUCUCUCUCUCUCUCUCUCUCUCUCUCACAGUUUUCUGAUUGUAGCCAAACUAUGAAAGUACAACAUCACAUAUCAAUAUCAAUGUUGAAUUGUACAAGUAAGAUGUGUGACAAAAUUGAAUAAAACGUCAUAUCAAA